AUGCCGCGUGUCGAGCAAAAGACCGACACUCCUACGCAGUCCCGCAAGAGCACUAAACGCAAAGAGCAGCCGGUCAGAGACCCGACGUUCUACUUCGAGCAUGUGGAGAACACUCUAUUCCUUGUCCCCCGGCGUCCAUUCAUCACGGAGUCCAAAUUCUUCGAAGAUCUGCUUUCUCAGUCUUCUUCCGACAAGACCAAGCCUUCACCGGGAAGCUCUGACGAGACACCGCUCGUACUAGCCAACGUCGCUGUCGAAGACUUUCGCUCACUCCUGAAGCAAAUGGUUCUCCUUCCAUAUGGAACACCUAAUCGCAAACCAAUGUCCAACGACGAGUGGAUAAUCGCGGACCAUCUGAGGAGCGAAAAGGACAUUGACUUCAUCUCGUGGGUGCUCAUAGCACGGCAGUUCAGCGUCAGCCAUUGGCUUCUGCUAGCCUACAUGGGGUUGAUCAAGCGGCGCAAGCCGUUGGAAGAAGGCGAUCUUGAAACCCUCGGGGUCUCUACGUUCUUUGGCUUGAUGAGGUUCCGGGAGGAGCGUCUCUCGAGUUAUCAUGAUAUCCAGGACGAUAAAUGUUCCAAUCACUUCAAGGAGGAGUUUCGAGCAUUGGACGAGGCUGCGAAGCUUUACUAUGAGCCACCCACCCAACUGGAAGGAGGGUCGAAGAGAAAGGUAGAUGCUGACGACGACGACGACGACAACGACUCACGUCGUCAAUCUAAACGAAUUCUACACUAG